AUGACGUUUGUCGGGAUGGACAGGAUCCAGUACGGAGGCCGUCAAACUAUUUCGCUCCUCAAGAUCCAGCCAUAUUAUAACAGUAUUGUCGGCUGGGAGACGAUCUUCCAGAUUAUCGAAAUACACCUCGAUGUUGUCAACCAGCUCCAACACGUAGAGUCUAAUUAUUUCGCCCGUGCCGACCACUGCGUGCGCCUGAUCCAGUAG